UCUCAGUAUAAACCUGGAUGUCCCCGCGGGAUCUCUAGUAGCGGUGGUUGGUCAAGUCGGAUGUGGUAAAUCUACUCUGCUGUCGGCGCUACUCGGCGAGACGGAGAGGCUAGACGGGAUGGUGUAUGUCAAGGGCACCACGGCAUACGUGCCACAGCAAUCCUGGACUCAGAACGCCACACUGCAGGAGAACAUACUGUUUGGCAAAAUGCUGGACUCUCGCAGAUACAAGGAGAUCUUACGCGCAUGCGCACUGAUGCCCGACAUCAAGAUCCUACCUGCAGGUGACUCCACAGAGAUCGGGGAAAAGGGAAUCAAUCUGAGUGGUGGUCAGAAGCAGCGUGUGAAUCUGGCCCGUGCUGUCUAUUUCAAUGCUGACGUGUACCUGCUAGAUGACCCACUCAGCGCUGUCGACUCACAUGUCGGCAAACACAUCUUUGACAAGGUCAUAGGACCAAAUGGACUACUUAAGUCUAAGACUCGUAUUCUUGUGACGCACGGAGUACAGUUUCUGAGGCAGGUUGAUCAAAUUGUCGUCCUGCAAGAUGGAAAAAUAUCAGAGAUUGGGACGUACUCUGAGCUAUUGGCCAAUCAUGGAGCGUUCGCAGAGUUUCUCAAUACUUAUGCCGCUGAUAAUGGAGACGAUAACGCUUCUUAUGAAGAGAAAUCCAGGGCGUGUUCCACUAGCUCAAACACAGCUUCUCCUACAGUGGACAAGGAUGAGCCGGUUCCCCGUAAAGUCAUGAGCUUCCAUCAUCUACACAUGACCAGCCCGUCUCCUGACGUGAGCGCGCGAAAAAGAGCAAAGAGCGAGACGCAUUUGGCAGAUAACAAAACAUUUAGGUGGUCCUUUCAAUCCGCGAAGUCGAGCCCGCAAGAGACCACGUCCCAGCUGAGUAGGGACUUAAGACAGAUGCGUGUGCUGUCCCUGGAGAGCCUGGUGCCGGAAGUGGAAGUAGAGCUGACGGAUGACAUGAAUGGCGGCCAGGAGGAGAAGGAUGAGGAGGAGGAGGAAGGACUUACUCGUGUCACGCAAUCCACGUGGAGGAAGAAACCGGACAGCCAAUUAGAGGAGGAGGGUGACGAGUCUGAGGACACCAGUAAACUCACAGGCAAGACGACUGAAGGAAAGCAAAACUCGGGCAAACUUAUAACUACCGAACGCUCUAAGACGGGCCAUGUCAAGUUGAGUGUGGUGAAAGCGUACGCCAGUUCGGUUGGCGUCCUUGUGUUUUUUCUCAUCUUCUUCGUCGCCUUUCUUGCCGAGGCCCUCCUCAUCUGUUCGCGUAUCUGGCUCGCCGACUGGAGCUCCGCAAACGUCACUACUGCGCAUGCCCGGGAUCACUACCUUGGUGGCUAUGGGGGGCUGGGUCUAGGCCAGGCUCUGUGCGUGCUCGCGGGUGCGUUUCUCAUUUCGUUUGGUGCCAUGCGCGCAUCACGUGCUCUCCACAGCAAGCUGCUGACCCACAUCAUGCACUGCCCCAUGGCUUACUUCGAGACCACCCCGCUUGGGCGGAUUGUGAACCGCUUCGCACGUGACAUGUACUUGGUGGACGAGAACAUCCCACGUGCGUUUAAUUUCUUCUUGCGCACGCUUCUCUCGGUGUUCGGUACGGUGUUCGUGAUCAGUUAUUCCACACCGCUCUUCCUGAUAGUUCUGGUUCCACUAGCGGUGCUCUACGCCUUUAUACAGCGUUUGUUUGUUUCGACUUCGAGGCAACUGAAAAGACUCGAGUCUGUGAGUCGGUCACCCAUCUACAGUCAUUUUUACGAGUCCAUCACUGGCUGCACCAUCAUCCGGGCAUUCCGACAGCAGAGACGAUUCGUGCAAGAAAGCAACAGCAAGGUGGACCACGCCCAGAUGGCCAAUUACCCCUCCCUGUGCAUCAACAGAUGGUUGAGUUUGCGGCUAGAGCUCCUUGGGGCUGCCGUGCUUUUAUUUGCUGCACUGUUUGCAGUGGUCAGCCGAGGCCGAAUUGCUCCUGGUCUUGUUGGACUCUCAGUAGCUUACGCUUUACAGAUCACAGGCGUCCUGACGUGGCUGGUGCGUCAAUCCAGUGAGCUAGAAACUAAUAUAGUGGCCGUAGAGCGUAUCAAAGAGUACUCCGAGACACCCACUGAGGCUGCUUGGGUGAUUCCUGGCCGUCGCCCGCCUGCUGAUUGGCCACAAGAGGGUCACGUGGCCGUGGAGAGUCUGGAUAUGCGGUACAGAGAUGAUCAGCCACCUGUCAUCAAGAAACUGACGUUUGAGAUCAACAGCGGCGAAAAGAUCGGUAUCGUAGGACGAACAGGUGCUGGCAAAUCUACUCUAUCCCUCGCCUUAUUCCGUAUCUUGGAACGAGCCAGCGGUAAAAUCGUCAUAGACAACAUCGAUAUCAACAAGAUUGGACUCCAGGAUCUGCGAUCUCGCCUUACAAUCAUACCACAGGACGCCGUUCUGUUCUCGGGUAGCGUGAAACUGAACCUUGACCCGUUCGAGAGUACGUGUGACGAGGAGCUGUGGCGAGUACUGGAGGCUGUUCACCUCAAGUCAUUCGUGUCCAGUCUUCAGGAUGGGCUCAUGCACCAGAUCCAAGAAGGAGGAGAAAAUUUAAGUGCUGGACAGUGCCAGUUGGUGUGCCUGGCCCGCGCUCUGCUCAGGAAAAGUAAAGUCCUGGUGUUGGACGAGGCUACCGCUGCUGUGGAUCUGGAGACGGAUGAGCUGAUUCAGAACACCAUCAGAACAGAGUUCGCCGACAGGACCGUCCUAACCAUCGCCCACAGACUCAACACCAUCAUGGACUACACAAGAAUCAUGGUUUUGGAUGAGGGCUCGAUUUUAGAGUUUGACACACCAUCUGCCCUGCUGGCACAAAAGGGAGUGUUCCACGAGAUGGCGAAAGACGCCGGGCUCAUCCAGCCCGAAACAUAGCUUUGGUGACAGUGCUGAAAAACGCAAGACUAGUUCCAGUACCGCGCGGUUAAACCAGCCUUUUUGUUUUGAAAUGGUGGCAUUUUACGGCGAACUGUCACAUUUUGGCGAAUACUAAGAAAACUAGACCAA